UGGGGCGCAGGGUGCAUCCCGGCGGGAGUCCGACCCGCCGCCCCGGCAGCGGGCUCCCCGCGGCACCUCGUCCCGCCGCUGUUUGUCAGGGAGAAGACAAUGGGAGGUUCUGAGAGAAACAUUAUUUAAGUCAAGAUAAGCAAUGUUCAGUGCUCUCUCCUUGUCCACUGGGUCAGCCUUCGGUCAGCCUUCUUUUUGUGAAAGGCUAUCGGGAAAUGAACCCAGGAAGUAAUGUGAAGGGUCAUGUGAAGCUCUGUCAUAGCAGAAAUUUUCUAAAAGAUUGCUUUACCUAAUUUCAGAAAUUGAGAAGGGAUAAGUGGAAGGAGAAAAUGUUGGGCUGGUGCCAAGCGAUAGCUCGUAACCCUCACAGACUUCCAAACAGCACAAGAACACCCGAGGUCUCAGGUGAUGCUUCACAUAACUCUUCUUUGAAUGAUAAAUCCCCAGGCCGUUCCACAAGUCGAUCAAGUAAUAUUUCAAAGGCAAGCAGUCCUACAACAGGAACAGCUCCCAGGAGUCAGUCACGGUUGUCUGUCUGCCCUUCCACUCAGGACAUUUGUAGAUCUACUACCUUGCAUGACUUGUCAGAAGAUGAGCUUGAACAUGCAACCCCUGUCAUGGUGCUGACCCCUUCUAAUAGGGAGUCUGGUAAGAAACACGUAAAGCGAAGGUUUAGGCGGAAAAGAGAGACUGGAGACAAUGGUGAGCACACAGAAAAGCAAGGAAAGGGGAAAGACUGUAAACUGCAUCCUGAGCCUCCGAGAUCCAGCUGGAAUGCAUCUGAUUCAUCAUCAUCUUCGGAUGAGAGUCAGUGGGCUCAGGCUAGGAGGAGAGCAAGAGAAAAGGCCAGACUGGCCAGGAGAGGGAGAAGAAACAAUAGAUCAUGCAGUAACCAGGAUGGGUCCUCAAGCAAUAAUGCUGUUGAACUUGUCACCUUGGGGACAGUGGGAAAAAAGAAACAAGAGGUAUCUGACCCUGAGAAUCCUACUUUAAACCACCGCCGAAGGGUUCCAAGGCUUAAGGAAUCACAGUCUUCAGCAUCAUCUCAGGAAGCAAGGAUUUCCUCAAGAAAAUGUGGGAAAAGCAAAGGGAAAAGCUACCACAGAGAUCGUCAGCCUGCACGUUACUUUAGACACAGUAAAGAUUUGAAGGACUCCUUUGCAGAGGCAGGCUCUGGCAGUGAUGCUCUGGCAGUCCCAGAUAAUGGAGCACCUGCUGGGGCAGGGCCCACUGUGCCUCAUGCUGUUCAGAAGCCUCCAGUGUUCUAUGAUGACUGGUCUGAUGACUUAGAAGUGUGCAGGAUCUGUCACUGUGAGGGAGAUGAUGAAAGUCCCCUCAUCACACCAUGUCGCUGCACAGGGACCCUGCGCUUUGUUCAUCAGGCCUGCCUGCACCAGUGGAUUAAGAGCUCGGACACACGCUGUUGUGAACUCUGCAAGUAUGACUUCAUAAUGGAGACCAAGCUCAAACCUCUUCGGAAGUGGGAGAAACUACAGAUGACAACAAGUGAGAGGAGGAAAAUAGUGUGUUCAGUCACAUUCCACGUAAUUGCAAUUACCUGUGUUGUUUGGUCAUUGUAUGUUUUAAUUGAUAGAACCGCUGAAGAAAUUAAACAAGGCAAUGAUAAUGGUGUCCUUGAAUGGCCAUUUUGGACAAAACUCGUUGUAGUGGCCAUUGGAUUCACAGGGGGCCUGGUCUUUAUGUAUGUGCAGUGUAAGGUUUAUGUGCAGCUGUGGCGCAGGUUGAAAGCCUACAACAGAGUGAUCUUUGUUCAGAACUGCCCAGACACCAUCAAAAAACUGGAGGAGAAAAAUUCUUUGUGCACUCAGAGCUCAGACAUCAAGGAUGCAGUGGUGGUGCCAGUAGCACAGACAGGUACAAACUCUCAGCCAGCAGCGGAAGGAACGACAUCUGAGGUCAUGCCAGUUUGACAGAGACAGCAUUAUUUCUUCUUUGCAGAGUAAGGUGUAGUGUAUUCUACACUACAAAUGCUACAAGAAAGUAGAAAUGACUUUGCAUUUUUUCAGUUAAAAAAAACCAACAAAAAACAACAACAAAAAACCCACACGAAAACCAAAACCCUAUGAGGAAAAUGGAUCCAGCAAAGCAACUUGUUACUGUAUGGAAUGUGACCGUUUGUGGAGUAGUUUUGCAACUAGUCAGCAAGUGUAGUGAAAGUGGAAGUGUAGAAAGUGCAAUAGACAACAGGUUUAACAGACAAUGCCAAACCAAUGUGACAAAAGUACUUUUUUUUUUUUUUUAACUGGGAUGGAUGGGAAAGUAGACAGACCUGAUAUAAUAACUUUGUUUACAGAGAACCAAAACCUUUAAUCUGUUUACUACUGAAAGUUGUAUUUGCUAUUUAUCUCUUUAAAUAUAUGCUUCAAAGAGUACCAAUCCAAUCAUAUGCAUUAACAAAUCCAAGUAUAGAGAGCUCUAUCGCAGCACUCACUCUCUAAGCUUCAUACGGUAACGCACGUUCAUGUGACUGUAGCGAAGCCUGAAUGCUUGGACAGCUGUGUCAACUAAGGAUAUUUUAACUGUGCCUGUAUUUUUGAAAAGUAAACAACUCCAACCAGUAUAAACUCAUAUAAUAUACUUACAGGUAUAUUUUUAAAUACAGCUGUCAGCAACAUAAGUACAGGGAGGAGAUAAUAUGUAGAUAUGCAUUUAAAAGAGCAGCUCUGCUGUUUAUUUUACCAAUAAGAGUGAAUUAGACAUAAAUUUGAUAUGCAAAGUAUUGAGGCAGAAUUGUAAAUGAAAAAAAAGCAGUUUACUGCAUGAUCACAUGAAAGUAAAUUGACUAUUAUCAAAGGUCUGAAAAAGGAUGACACAUACUGAAGAUGGAAGCCAUUUCUGGUUUUAUUUUUUAAGAUUCACGAUACAGAAAGGUAGAUGUAAGAGAACAUACCUACCUACAUAUCUUAAGGAAAUAUUAGGUUUUUUCUCCUUUUUCUGAAAAGUUAGUUUUUAUCUUCCUGGCUGAAAAAACAAAUCAAUGGUUUCCUUCUGUACAGGUAAACUUGAGGUGUUAGAGGUUCAACAGUUCAUUUGUUAACUUCGUGUUUUGAGCAUUGUCAUAUAAAAAUGAAGUGUGAAUAGCAUUAAAAGGUGCAAUAGAUAAAUGAAUGUAGAUAUAAUACUCUGUCCAACAGGGUGAAUUAUAUAUAAAGAACCAAUUUUGUGAUUCACUUUGCAUACCUGUGGUGUUUACCAUCAGGACGCAAGCGCAAGUAUUGACUUGGAGUAGUUAUGUACUGGUGUGGACAAGUCUGGGGCCUGAACAUAAUGUAUAUUUAAAAAGUUAAAAGUUGUGGGUUUUUUUUAAUCUUGUAUUUAGGUAAAGGAGGAAAAGCAAACAAGCAGAUAAAGAACCAGAGUAAAGAGGAUAGGAGAGCACAACUUCUUUCUAAGGGGGGGUAUCUGCCACAAUUACAAGUAAACUAGAGUUCUACAGAAGGCUUGAAGUUUCUAAUAAUAAAUUUUCUCUUUAUAUACUCAAGUAUUUAUAAUGAAAAAGCAGAAUCAUCCCUUUCUUGCAAAUAUCCAGCAUGCUGGGCCUAAGAUGUACUGGAGUUUUUAUACUAGGUAUUCCUUUGUAAUGUUUACUGGCUUAAGGCUCAGGGAAUACUGGAAGUAGCAGUAUUAGCAAGAAAUGUGUCUAAUCAAAUCAUUAUGUUCUUUUGUAUUGCAAUUGCUCAUGUAAUUUGGCUGUAACUGAGUGAUUGUCAUCUGGCUAGACAACAAAAUCUUGGUGCUUGAAUGGAUCCUAAACAGAUGUCAGUAUUUGCUGUAAGUUACUCCAGGUGAGUUGGAUUAAUGUUUUUUUAUGUAAUGACACACACUUUUUAUAUAAAAUAACUUCCCAGUUAUACAACUGCAGAUCACAAUUGCAGCAGUUUGUCCUUUGAAAUGACAUACAAGAGAAACCAAACCAUUUCUCCAUUUAAAAUUGUGGAGGAGACUUCAGAAGGUCUCCAGAGAAUGACAGCAGUACUAACAAAUGCCACAUAACUGCACAUGUUUAAGACAGUCUGCAACAACAUGGUUUACAAGAAGUGUAAAAGCUAAUUGCUAAAAGGUAAAUCUCGUGCUAUCUGAAGUUAGACACUUAAAAUUACUAACUGCAUUUGAAUGUGUGGAAGGAUGUUUACAAUAUACCUGAUGAAUCAUAGCAAAAUUUACUGACAAUGUUAUUAUGAAGGAUAAUUAAGAGCUUUCUGAAAUAAUAGUUUCUUACUAUGUAACAGUAACCCUGGUCCUUUAAGCAGCUUGUUCUUUGACCUGCUGUAGCAUCAUGACCCCACUGAAAGUACUUUAUCCCUAUUUUGUCAGUUUAAAGGAGACUAAUUCGCAUUAGGGUUUUUUACUUGAACAAGUAUAAUUUAACUCAAAGAAGAAAAUACCUGAGGCUUCCAAAAGCAGAAUGGUAACGUCCAACAAAAUUAUUGUACGUUUUUAAAAACACACUGAAGAGUCACCAACAGAACAAACAACGUGCAAAAUUUUAUACUAAUGCCUUCCCCUUCAAAACACUGUUUUGGCAUUCAACUAUAUCUGCAACUGAGUUUAGUUAAAUAAAUAAAAGAAUGGAGGAAGACUUCAGUUGAAAUUCCUCCUCUCCCUUUGAAAUACUUAAUGUGGACAGCACGAAAAGAGCAAAAUGGGACACUGUGCUGAGAUGGACAAUGAGCCAAGGCAUCAGCAAGAGAGGUUUCAGCAAGCUUGAAGCAGUCUUUAACGUUUUAAAGUAUUACAGUAUUAGCUCGUGCAUCCCAUUCUCUUCUUAUGUGCGCUGCACAUUCUAGAGCUUUCAGGGAUUUCAUGCAGGAUUGGAAUUUGUUUCUGAAGCAGGGUACAACCUCUUUAAGAGGGCAAGGAGCUAUUCAUGCCACCAUGCCUCGGAUUCAGGUCUUCAUUAAUAAGAAAAGUGCACAAAUACAGACAUUAGACAAAUGCUUAUCAACCAGUAGUUUUUCAUUCCCAAAGUACAAUUUUCUGUAUUAAUUUAAUAACCACAGGAUUCUCUCCUAAAAAAGACAAAACCAAACAACCCCCCCCCCCCCAAAAAAACCAGUAUACCGAAGAUUUUAAGAUCCAGACUAAGACUUUGUAAUAAAGAUGACGUCUCAAAUAAAGAACAAUAUCAAACUGCCUGUGUAGCCACAGUACAUCUCAGGCAAAUAAGCCGACAGUGCAAUGUGGCCUAGCUAAACCCGCAAGGGCAGAACCUUGCUCUAAGCUGCCAUUACCAAGUAGAGCUUAAUCGGCUUCUUGUUUAAAUGAAGUUUUAAUGAAGGUAGACGGAAAUAAUCUGAUGUCAGGUCAGAUCUGGAAGUUUAAACAAGAUACUCCUAACCUGUGAACAUGCACAUUUCUGUUCCUAAGUUACAAGCAUUAAAAAGUUUAUUUCAAACUGGCAUAAACAUACCACUUUUGACUAUCAUUAGCAUUACAAAGAUUCUCAACUAGUCCAACUGUGCCAUUCACACACUGUUCUAUCUGAAGGCAGUUUAUUUUUGUUGUGUAGAAAAAAUAGUAAUUCCCCAUCACCAGAGCAGUUUAUAAUUUCUAAUAAUGCAAUGAAACUCUAUAAUGAAAAUAUUUUACUCUGUAUAAUAUUCGGAACUACAAGUUUGUGUUACUUGUUUAACUCCCUCUCUUUUGCAGAAGAAAAUGUGUAUGUUUUUGUGGGUGAAUGUGUACUGAAAGACAGAAGGCAAGGGAAACAAAAGUAAUGUAUCUGCUUAUUGUUGUGAAAAAAAUGUAUUUGUAUUAAACAAAUGACUCAAAUUAC